CCUAGCCUGGCUAAAAUGAUGGAUUAAACUCUGAUAAAAAAAAAGAUUGAUGGAAUAACAUGCUUGACAGGAGUGGCAUAGUGAUGGGUUUCCUUUUUUUCCUUUACUCCCGUGACAGAUAUUUCUUCUCACCUGUUUGCUGUUUAUUUUCUUGCUGACUGCGUUAGCCACUUAGCAUGCUAGGCUAGCUCCAGCGGGCUCGUGUGUUUACGGUGUGAUUUUUAUUAUGGCAGAUUGUACACUCAACAAAACUCUGCGGGGAUCAUCUUUAAUUAACUCAUAUUUCAUUACACGUAUAUGUUAUAAUUAAGGGCUGGACUAAAAAGCGGGGGUAAAAUAGCCAUCACGUCUGCAGGCGAAGCUAACCUUAGCUAACGCUGCUGCUAGCGGAACUAUCUGGGCCCGGGAUGGAGCCGGGGGACUUGCGUGAGAGCCCCGCCGGGUCAGGGGAGUCUGACGGCGGGGAUUGGAGGGAGGACAUUCCCGGUGAGGCUGAGGAGGUCAAAGCUGCAGAAACCAAUGGAGCAACACUUGACUCGGGGCACAGCCGUGAGGAAGGCGAGAGUGAAAGACAAAAAAACAUGGGAGAACAACUACACAGCCCUUACGAGGAGGAACUGGACCCUAGGAUACAGGAAGAGUUGGAGCACCUCAAUGAAGCCAGUGCAGAAAUCAACAGGCUUGAACUGCAGUUGGAUGAUGCUAGGUCAGGGUACCGGAAGAUCCUCACAGAGUCUGCCAGGAAACUGAAUGCUCAGAGCUCUCAGCUUGGUGGCUGCAUUGAAAAAGCAAGACCAUACUAUGAAGCUCGCCGCCUUGCGAAAGAGGCUCAGCAGGAGACUCAGAAAGCAGCGUUGAGCUACGAGAGAGCGGUUUCUAUGCACACAGCUGCCAGGGAGAUGGUCUAUGUGGCGGAACAGGGCCUGAUGGCUGAUGGAAAGAACACACUGGAUCCCACCUGGCAGGAGAUGCUCAACCACGCUACCUCCAAGGUGAACGAAGCUGAGGAGGAGCGACUCCGCAGUGAGAGGGAGCACAUGCGCGUCACCCACGCCUGUCAGGAGGCCGAGGCUCGGGUUCAGAUGCUGCAGAAGUCCCUCAAAAGAGUCAUUGUGAAGUCCAAACCUUACUUUGAGCUCAAGGCGCAGUUCAACCACAUUCUGGAGGAGAACAAGACCAAAGUGCUGGAGCUGGAACAGCACGUGGCCAAAGUGAAGACCCGCUAUUCCAUCGCCCUGCGAAACUUGGAGCAAAUCAGCGAGCAGAUCCACGCUCAGAGGGGGAAGGACCAGGUCGAGGGGGGCCGCCCCACCGUAUGCGCUGGGCGGAGUCCCCCUGUAGGAGCAGAGUCUGACAUCAGGGUUCAGGAGGAAGGCGGAGCCUGCGGCGGUGGUGUGACGGAGAAAGAUCGAACGGAUGCAACCAUCAAUCUGGUGGAGAAAUACAAGGAGAAGGAGAACGAAAAGGAGAGGGAGCGGGCGGGGUCGGAUUCCCUUUCAGUCUUCAGCCUGCAGACCAUCGCUUCCGACUUGGAGAAAUAUGACUCCAUCGAGCACCUCGGGGACCUCAGUGAUGUCGGGAGCGUAACUGGGGAUGAGGUAGAGAAAGAGAAAGGUGGAGUGAUGGAUCGAAGAGACAAGCUGACAGAAGCAAGCUCCAAAGAGCGCCAGCAGCAGUUCUGCAAGCAGCACCACCGAAGCUUCAGUUUGUGAGGUUGUCAUAGAUACAACAGCUGUAUAACAUUUAUAAAAGUAAAAUGUGAGUUUUAAAUGAGUCCAAGUAGGGUAAGCAUCCCUACCUCAUCGGUACUGACCAAAGUAUAAGACCAUGAAUUAGCUGCAAAUGUAAAACUGGAGUGAUCCAGUCGUAGGUGUAUGAUAUUUGGUGUAAAUAAGCACACGUACGUUGACUGACAACUUAUUAUUCUAAGGCUGACACUGAGCACAGUUAUUGCAACCUAGUUAGAACACUAAAGGAAUCUACUGAGCUUACAUCCCUCCAGGACAAGUAUAUUGUAUAUUUACUCCUUCUGAGGGAACUGGGAAGAAAUUGUUCUUGAGCAUGAAGGAACAGGGGAGAAAGUUUAAAGCCUUGUUUGAACUGACAUAUUUAGAAAGGCAUCACUUCUUCCUUUCCCAGGCUAGAUGUUGAUCUAAUUUGGCGAGAGCAGUGAAAACAAAACCCUCUGUCGUUGUUGUUGUCCCCUCCUCCUUCCAAGUCAUGUCGAGUCUCAUCAGCGAUUCCUCCAAGGUAGAGGAUCACCAGGUCCACCCCCCCCCCCCCCCCCCCCGCUAUCCGCUCUCAUCAAGUUAGUGUUAAGGGAAGAAAUGACAAAAACGAUUCUCUGUCGGCGCAGAGUGAAAGCAUGCUGGCGUUCACACUCCGUAUAUAUUUAUUUUUUUUGUCCUGUAAAAAUGCUGCAAGUCGUUUAUUUUGGCACAAGAGAAUGCGUUUUUUGAGAAUUCCUGAAACCACGAAUACAGCGAGCGGAGUCUGUAGAUGACAGAGAGCCUCCGACUCCAUUUGACUGUUUUCCACUCUGACAGCAUGCACUCCUGCUAGCUAUUUAAAUAGACAGUUUAUGACGAGUAUGUAGGGCUAUGUGAUGAAAGUGAACAUUGACAGCAUUAAAGCUAGAUGACGAAGCUCUGCCAUGUCUUAUUUUAGCUGUUAUAUGCUGUAGUCUUAAGACGCAAAAGCCUUUUCCCAAAUGUGUAUUAUUUGGACAUUGUUUACAUUUGUUGAAGUGCAUUUCUUUGGCCUUUUUUAAUCUUCUUUUUUUCUUUUUCUUUAGCCCUAGUUGUAAUUUGAAGUGUGCCUUGCCACAGAACAAAUAACAAAUGAAUCCUGAGUUUUACUUUGCUGUAAACUCAUUAAAAUACAUAUAUAAAUAUAUAUAUGGAAAAACCUGAAUCAUCCAAGCAGUCUUUAAGAUUUAGUUUAUUUUUUUAUUUUGAUUUCUGUAUUUUCUUUUCUUUUUUUAAUUGUACUUUGCUUGUCAAAGUGUGAGAUGCAAAACAAAAACAAAGUCGAGAAAUGACUUGUAAAUGUAUGUAAUUAUUACAAAGCUGGAAAAUAUUGACAUGUACAGUUACACGUGUUGCUGAUUUGAAUAUUUAACAUUUUUGUUGUACAGAAGAACACAAGUUUCUCCUCUGUAUUUAAAUCAUUAAUUGUUGCAGUUGAUCUGAAACACUUCACAUUUCACUGCUGUCUUAAUGAUAUGUCGUCACCCUUUUAAGGACAUCUGUGAGGUAGUCGGUGUCACAUAACUGUUUACCAAUUAAUGCAUUGUCAUAACUAUAAUCAA